AAUUUGGCAACAUUUUUGCCGCGGCAAUUAAGAGUUUGACGACUCUUUUGGGAAAAAAACCCGCUUUGAGCGCUUUUAUCUCAAAUGAAUGAGAAUUAGACGACUUGUUUAUCAGCAAGUCGAUCGGUUUCGUAUGGUAAAAAGCUUUUUCUGGCGCUUUGAAACGAAGCUCGUUCCAGGGUUGAAGUAACAACAACGUAUUUGCAAGUGUUAAGAGGCCAAACGUGUUACAAAACCCGCCCUUCGGUUGGCCGUCAUCGGCACCGCCCUUGAUCAAAACCCGCCCCCAAACACGCGCUAGAGCUUUCAGUCCCUUUAGAAAUUUAUAACACACUUGAAAUCGUACGAUGACAACGAAACCGAAGACAACACAUCAACCCUCUUCACCGCGAGAAUUUUUCCAACGAAUUUAUGGACACUUAGAAAAACGAGAAGAACAAUGUGAAGAAACGAAGCGAGAAAUUCAUGAAUUAAUCACACCAGUUCCCAUACUUGCAACACCGCUGCCUUUUUUGCUGCCCCCAGGAAACGACACGCAUUUGACGGCGGCCGCCGCCGCAGGAUUGUCUGCUUUCUUAGCGAGACGGAGGCGCAAAGAGGGUAGGCCCAGGAGGCAGAGGACCACUUUCAGCAGCGAACAGACACUGAGGCUUGAGAUUGAGUACCAAAGGUCCGAAUAUAUCAGCAGAGGACGAAGAUGCGAAUUGGCAGAAGCGCUCAAGCUUUCGGAGACUCAGAUUAAGAUCUGGUUCCAGAAUCGAAGGGCGAAGGACAAGAGGAUUGAGAAGGCGCAUAUAGACCAUCACUACAGGAAAUUAUUGGGCGCCUUUCCCGGUGCCCUCUGUCCAAUAUGUUUAGACGGCCCAUGUUUCCACGUAUCACCAGUGUUGCAGACGCAAUUUCCAGGCCUGCAAUCCGCAAAUACCGAUAAUGCUCCCCUUUACAAAAAAAGCGAAAGUAGCCAAGGUGUCGCUGAAGAAAUCGAUAUUUUGUAAUGUGUUCGUUUAUUUUGUCCUUCUAGUCACCGUUUUAAUGUACAUAAAUAAAUAAAAAUUGAGAAACGAUAA